GCAAGUUUACCGAUUCUCUUUGGAAACAACUUCAGACAUAUAUUGAAAAUUUGUGUUUGACUUUGAAGUGUAAUAUUUUUUUCAUUCCAACACUAACAUCAUUUGACAAAAUUAUAUGGUCUCAAAUGUUGAAGAAGUCAUAUAGCCUAAAUUUAUUUAUCAAAAUCUUGUUUUAAAGUCAUUAUAUGUGUAGAUUUCACUAUAGUAUAUAUAUUUUUUUCUUCCAUGUCCUUUAUUCAACUCCUUCGUGGAUGCACAAACUCAAAGUCCCUCUUCAAUGGCAAAGCACUGCAUGCACAGCUACUCAAAUUUGGGUCCCAAAAUGCAGACAUUUUCACAAACAAUCACUUGUUCACAAUGUACUUAAAACUCAAUCAACUCAAUGAUGCCCAACAACUGUUCGACAGAAUGCCUGAAAGAAACAUCAUUUCUUGGACAACAUUGAUUUCUACAUAUUCUCAAUUGGGUAUGUAUGAAAAAGCUUUGGGUUGCUUUAGAUCAAUGAAUCUUGAAGAUGGGUUUGCUCCAAAUGGUUUUACAUAUGUGGCUGCUUUAUCAGCUUGUAGUAGUUUAGGUGCUGAAAGAACAGGGAAGGAGUUACAUGGGAGGAUGUUGAAAACUGAGGAAAGUUUAAAUAGCUUUGUGACUAAUUGUUUGGUUAACUUUUAUGGGAAAUGUAGGUUGUUGAAGUCAGCUAGGAUAGUUUUUGAUGGCAUUUUGGAACCCAAUUCUGUUACUUGGGCUUCUCUGAUUUCUUGUUAUUUUCAUUGUGGGGAGUAUAAAGAAGGGUGGAACAUGUUCUUGUUGGCAUUGAGGGGAGGGGUGAUAGUGAAUGAGUUUUUCUGUGGGAGUGUUUUGGGUGCUUGUGCUGCGAUAAAAAGCUUGCAACUUGGGAUGCAAAUUCAUGGUUUGAUUGUCAAGUCUAGUUUGGGGAUGGAUCAGUUUGUGGUGACUGGUUUGAUUAAUUUUUACGCUAAAUGUGGUCGAUUGGAAUUGGCACGUCAAGCUUUUGAUGAGGCAGAUGGACCGGAGUUGCAUGCUUGGACUGCGAUUAUUGGAGGUUGUGUGCAGUUAGGGAGUGGAAGAGAGGCCAUUGAACUUUUCUGUAAGUUGCUUUCCUCGGGGUUGAAACCAAGCGAGAGAACAUUUUCAUCAGUUCUUGGAGCUUUUGCUGAUGUAAAAGAAGUUGGAGUUGGGAAACAGAUCCAUUGCCGGAUUGUAAAAUUGGGAUUCGACUCGUUUAGUUUCGUAUGCAAUGCUUUGUUGGACUUCUACUCCAAAAGUGACCUAUUUGUGGAAUCAUUAAAGCUCUUUCAAGAAAUGAAAGAACAUGAUGUUGUUAGCUGGAAUACGCUAAUUGCUGGAUGUGUGAGCUCAGGUCGGUAUGAAGAAGCUAUGAGAUUUCUCAGGGAAAUGUUGCUUAAGGGUUUCGAACCGAGUCUUUACACAUACUCUAGCAUUUUGAGCAUUUGUGGUGAUGUACCAGCUAUUGAAUGGGGCAAGCAAUCCCAUUGCCGUGUACUGAAGUCUAGAUUUGAUUCCAAUGUGGUUGUUGACAGCGCCCUCGUUGACAUGUAUGCUAAAUGUGGACGACUUGGUUAUGCACGUAAAGUUUUUGACAUCCUUCCCGCGAAAAACUUGGUAUCUUGGAACACCAUGGUUGUUGGAUACGCCCAACAUGGAUUUGGGAAAGAAGCUUUAGAAAUUUAUGCUAUGAUGCAGAGCAAUGGGGUUAAACCCAACGAUAUCACAUUUCUUGGAGUAUUAUCUGCCUGUGGACACGUUGGACUUUUAGACAAGGGACUUCACCAUUUUACUAGCAUGACUAAGGUACACGGAAUCAUUCCGAGGACAGAUCACUUAGCUUGUAUAGUUAGUCUAUUUGCACGAAAAGGAAAAACAAAAGAAGCUUAUGGUUUUAUAAAGAGCUUUUCCGGGGAACCAGAUAAGGUAGUGUGGCGUUGCCUCUUGUCUGGUUGCAAAGCUAACAGAGACUUCAUCUUGGGGAAAUAUGCUGCUGAAAAGAUCCUAGAUAUCGAUCCAGAUGAUACUUCAGCCUACAUUGUAUUAUCUAACAUUUACGCGGAGUUACAGAUGUGGAAUGAAACAGCCAAAAUUAGAAAGCUUAUAAAGGAGAAGGCGUUAAAGAAAGAAACUGGACAUAGUUGGAUUGAAUUACAGAAUAAAAUGUAUACAUUCUCUGCAUGUCAUAUCAUGUCCCUUCAAGAAAGUGAUCUGCAGCAAGUUUUGACUGGCUUAACAGCCCAAUUAUUAGAUUCAGGCUAUGUCCCUGAUCUCAUGUUUUCGUUGGAUUUUGAGGAGCAAGUUGUCUGAUAACGAGUUAUUCAUCCGUGCUCGGAUAACUCGUUAUCAGACUAGAAUGAAUCGACACUGAUAUGACUAGAAAACUCGGUCUCAAGCCCGAAUAGAGGAGGAGGAUUACAGACAGUUGACAAGAAGCAUAGAGAUAGUCUAACUACGAUGAUCAUCUUCAUAGAUGCAAGAGGAUUCAUUUAAUCGAUCCCAAUCAGUUUGCUAUUAAGAAAUAGUUACUAUUGAGAGGUCAACAAUAGUGAAAGAUUGAGUUCUGCCUGAGGGUAUUUAGCAACACAUCCAUUUUUGGGCCUCCUCCAGUUGACCAUCCCCAAGACAGUAACACUCCUAGGCAUAGGACGAAUGAUUUUGUAGGUCACUUAUAAUUAAUUUUUUUUAGUUUUAUGAUUUUUUUACGAGAAAUUUGAAAAAAUUAUU